AUGGAUCCGAAAGAAAGGAGAGAAGAUGCUGGUGAGGAUCGUCACCUAGAAUCAGAAGAAGGUUCAUAUGGCGAAGGGAAAUCGAGUGGACUCAGGAAAGAAGAAUCUUCGAACUCGUUUGUGAGUGCGGAAGAAGAUCCAGAAGAAAACCCAUCAGAAGAAUCUCGCAAAAAUCCGAGGGAGAGUCGACGGACUAGCAAGAAAGAUAUAGUGGGCGAUGAAAUCCAAGAACUCGAAAGCCCAGAGGAGAAGAUCCAAGGAACAAAUGCGGAGAUCCCAGAAGAAUUCCAGGAAGGAAACCCUAGGAUCGAAGAUGAGUGCAAGGAAACCGAGGAUCUACAAACCUCUCUGCCUCCUGAACAAGUUGAUACGGGUAAACUUGAUGAACUCUUUACUUACUCUACUGGAGAUAUAGAGGAAAGUUCGGAUAGUGAGCCUAGGUUGAGAAGAAAAAACACAAGAAGGCGUGUAGAUUUUGAUAAGGAUGUGAGUGUAGAGAAUGUAGAGUCUGGGAAGGAUGUGGGUGAUAUAUCCAAACAAAUGGAGGAACUGCCCUCAGCUCAAUUAGGGCAGGAGAAAUCGAAGGAUGCUGAAAUCGAAGUGGUUGCGGACUCAGCAACGGAGACAGAAGUGCUGAAAUCAAAAGAGGAUGAUGAACCUGAGGUGGACUCACGUGCACAAAAGGUUGAAAGCAAGAAACCUAAGGCAAAGAGCGCUGAAAGAAAGGGCAAGGUUUCUGACUCUCGAGUGAUAGCUGAACAAAGAGCAGUUCUCCUUCUGGGACAGAAGAUGAGGAAUUACUGGUUCAAUGACAUGAAGAAUCUCAACACGAUUGUGGAGAGAAACGUGAAUGUUAGCAACCUCAAGGAGCAUGGCAUAUGGGAUAUCCUGGAACGUCUAAGUCUAGAAGAAACAGUCACCUAUGCUUGUUCACACAGCAAAAUUCUGAUCAAAGAAUUUUAUGCAAACAUCACUAAGAAGAUUGUGAAGGCAGGGGAUCCAAUGUACCAUCGGGUGUACAUAAGAGGAAAGAUACUGCAUUUUUCUCCAGCAGUAAUCAACAAGUUCUUCGGCUUGACGAACACAGUUGUGACUACCAUAGAUGAGCUGGACAGGGAGAUUGACCAGAAAGAGCUGGAGAUAGCUCUCACUGACACAUUUGAUGAAAAGAGGAAAGGUGAAAUAGCCCCAGUAGAGCUGAACUUCGAGGCUUCAAAAGGAAUUAAGAUCAACUAUGGAAAUAUGAUCUUCGACCAUAUUCUAGAGAGAGCCCUGAACUUCAGAGCAAGGUUCAGACUGCCGUAUCCCUGUCUAAUUCAAAGCAUCCUCACCAAGCAGUGCCCAGAACUCAUCGAUCCAAAGGAAAACACUGAAGUGAUUCAAAAACCCCUGGUGGUUGAGACAAGAAUCAAAAGGAAGAAGGGUAAAGGAAAGAAGGACUACAAGAAGAUGCUGGAGACUCUGAAGGAUGCAGAAAAAGCAUUGAUAAAGAUGGAGCUCGGACUAAGGAAGCAGACAACACAAUGUCAGCAAAUCUGUGCAACAGUCCACGAAUAUAUUGAAGCAACUCUGAGUAAUGUGUUCAUUAUUCAUUCAGGGGGAGAAAUUGAGGAAGCCGAAGGAGACCUAGAUUCAGAAGAAGAAGACUCAGAGGAGGAGGAAGAAGGAGAUGAUUCUGAGAUGCCUAAACCGACUCCUAAGAAAGCGGAGGCAUCGAAGAAGUCAGGAACAAGCAGGAAGACUAGAAGAGCCAGGAGUUCUUCCGAUAACUCAUCACUUCGUUUUUGA